CGUUUCCCUCUCUCCCAUCGCUUUGCGGCCCAGGUAUUAACGGGCCCGCCGGCUUGCUGCGAACGCCAUACGCCCGCUGCCAGUGGCACGCUCUUCUUGACACCGUUUUUGUUCUUUCUCCUCGCUAGGAAGGUCUUCGUCCUCCGUUCCUGACUCGUCACUGGAGGCGACGACACCGUAAUCGUGUCAGGCUCAUUCGGAGCCACUCCACGUUCUUCGCAGAGUACAAGUGACUUCGCCGCGGCCGACAGUUUUAAAAAUUUGCCGGUCCUUUAAGUCUACCUGGGGUCUUCAUCAGGACAAGAUGCAGCGUAUCACCUUAAAAAGAGCAGCGAUCAUCGCCGUCCUCGGCUCGUGUUUCGUCGUCCAUUGUCUAGCCGGCCCUGCAAAUAGGCAGCCCAACAACCUCGUUGACGGCGGUGCACCGGGUCCCGGCGACGUCGUACCCGAAGGCGUAGCGAAGGCCAGCAACGACUUCGGCAUAGCCCUGUACCGGGCAUACGCCAACGCCAGCGCGACGGGCAACCUCUUCUUCUCCCCGUGGAGUCUGAGUCGCGUGCUCGCCAUGGUCCUGCUGGGGGCCCGCAACGAGACGGCAGCCGAGCUGUCCCGGGCCCUGGCCGUGGAUCACUUUGAGGACCCGGCGGCGGCGUUCACGGCGCAGCGCAAGCUUGCCAAGCACCUGCUGACCAGCUCGAGUGAGCUAGCCUCGACCAGCAUAGCGCUCACGCGGGCUGGAGACCCUGUGUCUCCGGAGUACCGGGCCAACCUGGACCAAUACUUGGACGACGGCGGUGUCAUGGAGGUGGACUUCUCUCGUUCGGAGGACCUGCUCAGCAAAGUCAACGGCGAAGUGUCUAGGCUCACAGGAGGUCGCAUUAAAGACGCCUUACGAAGGUCCCCUGACCCUCUGAGCAAACUGCUUCUGCUCAACGCGGUCCACUUCCGUGGCGUCUGGGAGAAAGCGUUCAACCCGAAUGACUCCUUCGAUGGCAUCUUCCGCGGGGCCACGCGCAACACUCCCGUACGCAUGAUGAGCGGCAAAGGCAAGUUCCCGCUGGCGUACGAAGGCAACGCGUACGUCCUCGAGCUCCCCUACACGGGCGAGAGCAGCCUCGUGAUCGCCCUGCCCAGACGCCGCAACCAGAAGGACCUCAGCGACAUCGAGUCCCGGCUCGAGGACAUCCUCGUGUCGGCCAGGCCCGAGCUGCGCUCCAUCGAGGUCGAGUUGCCCAAGCUGACGGUGCGCAGCAGCCUGGACCUCAAGGAGCCCCUGAAGAAGUUGGGCGUCAACGCUCUCUUCUCCGAGCACCACGCCGACCUGAGUGGCAUGCAGGCCGAAGGAGGCCUGUACGUCGAAGACGUGCACCACGGCGCGGCUCUCGAGCUCGACGAGAAGGGCACGGUGGCGAGCGCCUCGACGGUGGCCAUCAUCGUGAGCCGCAUCGGCACGCCCCGCUUCUCGGCUGACCGGCCCUUCGUGUUCGCCAUAAAGCACAGGCCGACAGGUCUCCUGCUGUUCGUCGGUCGCGUCACCGACCUCUGAGAAGACCCAAGGCUGGCUUCUUCGAAGUCCGGGAAAUGUGUAUAACGUUAUGCACUGAUGAUAAGCAAAGUGUGCCCGUUUGUGACCCGUACUGGCACACUGACGGGGGACGUCACAGUGCUGCGCCAAUAGAGUAUCGCGCACUGUGUUGUAAGGACGUAUACCUAGAUGCUGCCUUUGUUGUACUUAGCCACCGAUAAAAUAUUUUCGGUCUAUACUGAUCAAGGGUGACACAUGUUCGAUGGACAAAUAUUGAGACUUCUCAAGCGGAAGAAGCAAAGGCGAGAGCUCAGCUGAAAUUUGUCGAGAGUUCAUUUUGCGGGUAAGACGCCUCGUUACACUAUACGGCACUGCCGGGCCUGGAAACAAACCAACCAUUGGCUGCUUUGGUAGUCCACUUCAGGUUUUAUUGUCGAACACAAAAUUGUUAGUACCAAUAGGGCUCUCUGCGUGUUAAGAGGUGUGUUGUAACGCUGCUAACAAUGCGGGGGCGUCGACAAAUACUCCAACGUUUAAAAAAAUUGGAUUCGCACUUACUUGAGCUUGUGAAUAGUCUUAAUAGGAAAUAGAAAAUAUAUUCUUGAAUAAAAAAACUAAAAAAACCCGGCCACAUUUGUCUGAAGAUAUUAAUCACGACACAUUACGGGCCAAGCAGAUCUAGUGCUUGUGUAUGCGUUAGCGGUUUUCGUUGGAAAGUUGUGCUUCAGAUCAAAGCAGUUAGCCAGGCAGAACACUGAAAAAAUCGGUUUGUAGUUGAGUUUAUGAAGGUGCAUGAUUGAUAGACAAGUAGCAAGCUGAAAAGAAGAAAACACGGUAACGAGGUAUAGGAAAGGAGGCUGCAGAAAACAGAGGUGGCGUGAAUCGAACUUGUUGUCCCAUCAGUGUCUGAGGUGGGAACAGUGCUGGACACGCCUGCCAAUAGAAUUACUUUUUCUUUGUAUAGUUUAUGGUGCUAUUACAAGAAGCGGCUGUGCCGCAAUCGUGCUGUAAAUAUGCGUGUAAUGUAAUUACAAUAGAACAACGGUCCAUACAUAUUUAAUGUGAUGCAAUAUUUUGCAGCUAAAUAUGAUACAGAUGUAAUUCGCAUGGCUGCUCCCAGAGGGAUGCUUUAGCAGCGAUGCGUCACCCUACAGCAGCAUCGCUGCUGUAGGGGGACGUGCCUUUCUGAAGAAAUUGACCAGUGUUACACGGUCUAUGCAGAAACUUGCUACUUUUUUCAUCUGUGUGUAAAGACGAGUAUUUUUACUUCGCGCACCCAUGUACUUUGCCAAAGAUCUUUAUACGAGUAUGUUUGCAAUUAUUACACAAGAAAUUAUCGUGAAUCUGAAGAUGAAAGUUGUCAUGUCUACGUGUGAUGAGUGUGUCUGCUGCGCAUGUUGAUGUUAAAUGUAUUUUUUCCCGCGUUUUUGCUUUUGAAUAUUGUGGUGACGUCUUGCGUGUAAACGUGUCGGUAAAAAAAAAUUACUGCAUUAAGUAGUUUAGUUUAUUUUGGCGUCCUGUUAAACAUAGCUCCACGCUUUAUGGGCAUAUGUAGCCAAUAGUUGUGCUCGUGCUGAGUAUUCGUGAAUAAUAUUACGCGAACAACACUGUCUAUACCAUUCGCGACCACUUCGACGAAUCAAAGUGGACAAAAAAAAUCAAAUCAAUAGUUUCCAUAUUCGUUUAAUAACUUCAAUCUAGCCAUCACCAUCGUCAUGUUCCUUAUGCACCGGACAGUUCAGAUAUUCUGUGGACUAUAGCGUGCCUUUGUCUUGUUUGUGCUUGUUUCGUAAUAAAAGAUGUCGGAAAGUA